AUGCCCAGGAAGUCACAGCAGCGCCUCGCCGGGGAGGGCACAGCCGCGUUCACGCAGCGCCAGCAGCCUCUCGACCUGCUCAUUAGGGCUCCUGGAUCCCGGCAGGAAACACGAACCACUGCCUCGCCCAGCAGUGUCCCUCCCAGCCUGCUCCAUGUCUCCACGGCCAGCAGCAUCUUUGGUGCCCGAGCUCCGCCACCUCGAGAGAACGUCCUGGGCAUCAGCUUCAAACCCUACAGCCCCGAGUCCGGCCCGGCCCCGAGCCCCUGCUCGGCCUGUGACAGCACACGAUCCUCCAUGUUCAGAGCUCCCUGCAUGAGCCAGCGGCGGCUCGCGCUCAUCUUCUGCGUCUCCGUGCUCAUCGUGCUGCUCGUGGCCCUCAUCCUGCUGUUCAUGUUCUGGAGGUCGCAGACGGGCAUCCUGUACAAGGAGCCAGCAGAGAGCUGCAAGGACAGCGCCGUGCGCUGCGACGGCGUCGUCGACUGCUCCCAGAGGAGCGACGAGUUGGGCUGUGUGCGUUUCUCAUCCGAGGAGUCCUUGCUCCACGUCUACUCCAGCACCGAGAGCCAGUGGCUGCCGGUGUGCAGCAGCGACUGGGACGAGUCCCUCUCCAGGAAAACCUGCCGGCAGCUGGGGUUUCAGAAUGCGUCCCAGACCGAGUUCAUCCCCCUGCGUGUCUCUGGCAAGAGCCUCACGGUGACUGAUGAGCGAGAGACCAUCCAGCAGAGCCUCAACAGCUCCCAGUGUCUCACGGGGAAGUACGUCUCCCUGCGAUGCACAACCUGCGGGCAGAGGAUUUCUGGCCGGAUCAUCGGUGGGAAGGAGACCUCUGUGAACAAAUGGCCCUGGCAGGUCAGCGUGCAGUACGGGCCCAUCCACAUCUGCGGCGGCACCAUCAUCGACGCCCAGUGGGUGCUCACCGCUGCCCACUGCUUCUUCAUGAACAGCAUGAAGAUCCUGGACGACUGGAAGGUGUACGGAGGGGUGUCGGACCUGAAGCAGCCCAUGGAGGGCAUCCCGGUGUCCCAGGUCAUCAUCAACUCCAACUACAGCGACGACCACGACGACUACGACAUCGCCCUCAUGAAGCUCUCCAGGCCACUGACGCUCUCAGCCCAGGUCCGCCCCGCCUGCCUGCCCAUGUACGGCCAGCGCUUCCAGACCGGCCGGUCCUGCUUCAUCACCGGCUUCGGCAAAACCCGGGAGAAUGAAGGUGAGGCAGGACCGCGGCUCCCCGCAGGCAGCCCCUGCCCCGAGCACAGCCCCGCUGGGGCCCUGCAGGGCUCUCCCGCAGGGAUAACUCUCGGGAUUGCCCUGCCAGCUGCGAGGCUCUGCAGAAACGAGACCUGUGAGAAGCAGCCGCUUCCUCCCUCGCUGGUGAGGGGCCGGGGGCGGUGGGGAAUGGCGAGGCCCCCCCUGCCCCACAGCUCUCCCUGCCUUGCAGAUAACACGUCCCCGAAGCUGCGGGAGGCCGAGGUGAAGCUGAUCGACUACAAGAUCUGCAACAGCGACAAGGUGUACGAGGGCUACCUGACCCCCCGCAUGAUGUGCGCAGGGUACCUGCAGGGAGGCAAGGACGCCUGCCAGGGUGACAGCGGAGGGCCCCUGGUGUGCGAGGACGAUGGCCGCUGGUAUGUGGCCGGGGUGACGAGCUGGGGGACAGGAUGUGGCCAGAAGAACAAGCCCGGGGUGUACACACGUGUGACAAAGCUCCUCAGCUGGAUAUACAGCAAAAUGGAGAGCGAGAACGACUAAGGGCAGGAUAGACACUGUGCCUCUCCGGCUGGCACGGGCCACUGCCCCAGGCUGCUGCCAGGACACGGUGCCACCAGCCAAUCCCCACCUCUCUGGACUGUCCGUGCAGCCGGGGACCUGCGGCUGAACUCUGGACCCAGCACCUGCAAAGUGCCCCUGCCCUCGCCUGGUGCCAGGGGUGGCACGGUGGUGGCUGGGCACAGCACCCAGCCAGGCCCGGGGGGACACAGCGACACAGCCCAUGCCAGCAGCUGGCCGUGCUGGCUGGGGACACCUCCCUGCCCCGUGUGUGCGGCUCUCCUGUAAAUAGACCUGUCUGGACAGGCUGUGCGAGUGCUUCCUGGGCGAGGGGCUGCCAGCAGUGCCCGUGGAGAGGGAGCUCUCUCCUUUAGCCAGGCUGUGCCACCUUAGGGCUCAGGAUGUGGCAGCUUUGUCCACCCUGCCACACCUGCGGGCUCCGCCGGCGGCUCUGCUGCCAAGGGGAGCCCCGAGCUGCGGAUAUUCCUCCCGCCGGGAGGGGCGGCCGCUGCUCUCGUGUUUGCCGAGGGAUUUAGGAAGCGCCUUUUACGGGCUGUCCCUGCCUGCCAGAGAAAUGCCGGGUUGUUUGUUUUUCCAACAAACUCUGAGCCGGCGCUCCCUCGCAGGACCGCAGCCGCUCUCAGUCCGCUCCGGGCAGGGUUUGGCAGAGCCUGGGGCGGUCUGAGCCCUGGGGGUGGCUCUGGGAGCUGUGACAGAAGCAGCGGCUGCCAAAGGCCACGCUGGAGUGUGGCUCAGAGCAAUCACCCUCGGGGGCAGUGCCCAGAGGGAGCAGCCCUGGAUCUCCCUGCCGGGAGCUCUGCGGUGCUCCAGCGCUGCCUCCUGCCUGCAGGGAUGGCACAGCCAGCCCGUCCGCCCUGCCCGCACCCAGCAGGGACAUUUCCCUCGAGGCAACGAGUGCCUUCUCCUCCUGGUGGAUGCCGGGGCACACAAGGAGAUCCCCAGGCUGAGCAGAGCCUGCCUGCUCCCCUUCCCAGCCCUGUGGUCAGCUGCAGGGGGGGUCCUGUGGAGCCUGGCCACCCUGCACUCUUCU